CCUGAACGUCCUUGACUAUCGUCUGAGUUGAUGUUAACCUAGGCUGUUCACUUCAGGAACCUUGGGAGCACGUGCAUGGGAAGCAGCUGUGUAGGCUAUGCUUGCCCUCGGGGCACGAAUGUCGCGUAUUUCGGUGUUUUACAAUGCGGGGAUCAAUGACUAGAUGAUGCGCCAGGCAGUCUAUUUCCCCGCUUGACGACAGGCACAAUCAGGUGGUCCACGAAUAGCACUCGACAACACCCGGACAAUAUGGAACUAUCAGCAAGACCGGAGCAUGGGUGAAAAUGGGUCAAUCAUGCGACCUUUAUUGACAUGGGUGUAUGCGGGCCAAUCGUAUGAGCGUCGGGGCGAGAAAGCUCAUGAUAAAAGGCGAUAGUUCUCUGCGGCGCCCACAGACUCCUCCUGAUUCUAUUCUCCAUCGUACAAGCACCGUCAGGAUGUAUCUGCCAAGAGUGCUCGGUCUGCUUUUUGCUGCAGGACCCCUGGUCGCCAAUGCAAUCUCGUCUGAGCCUCUCUCUACUUCCGGGCGAUGGAUUGUUGAUUCCGACGGCAACAAUGUUACCUACGCUGGGGUGAACUGGCCUGGUGCAGCUGAGGCCAUGUUGCCGGAAGGGCUGCAGUACCAGUCUAUCGAAUACAUCGUCAGCAAGAUCAAGAGUCUGGGCAUGAACGUCAUCCGCCUGACCUUCGCCAUUGAGAUGAUCGACGACAUCUAUAACAACGGCGCAGAUGUUCCGAUCAAGACUUCUCUAAUCAAUGCCCUGGGAGAGACAAACGGAACAGCUGUGUACAACGACAUCAUCAGCAAUAAUCCUCAAUUUAAUGACGAAACUACUAGGUUGCAGGUCUACGAUGCUGUGGCCAAUGAAUGCUACAAGCAAGGUAUUUAUGUGCACCUUGACAACCACAUCUCCAAGGCCAUGUGGUGCUGCAGCACUACCGACGGCAACGCUUGGUUCGGGGACACCUACUUCAAUGUUGCAAAUUGGCAUCGUGCAUGGACCUACAUGGCAGCCCACGUCAAAUCACUUCCAGCGGUCAAGAGCAUAGGCAUGCGGAACGAGCUCCGCACUCCGGCCGAUAACGCAACCUUGACCAGCACCUCCUACAACUGGGAGGACUGGUACACCAACAUGGUGGAGAACGCGAAGCAGGUGCACAGCGCCAAUCCGGAUCUUCUAAUAUUCUUCUCGGGCCUCAACUUCGACGUGACCCUGUCGCCGAUCCCCACCGCAUCCGAUCUAGGGAGCGGCACCGUCUUUCAGAAGACGGACUUCGAUUUCGCGGACAAGAUCGUCCUCGAGCUGCACAACUACGACUCUUCGACUUCGAGCUGCAGCAGUCUGUCGUCGAGCUUGCUGAGCGACGGCUUCAAUGCGCUGGAGACGGACGACUCGAGUAUCAAGAAUGUCCUGCCCGUCGUCCUGACCGAGUUCGGCUACGCGCAGGACGAUACCACGUACACCGGAGUGUAUGCUUCGUGCCUGGCGGAGUGGAUCCCCAGUGUACACGCAGGGUGGAUGGUCUGGGUUCUGGCGGGUAGCUACUACAUCCGAGAAGGAACUCAGGAUUAUGACGAGACAUGGGGACUCCUUGAUCACACCUGGUCGGACUGGCGGUCUUCUGAGGCGAUAGAGAAUGGUAUCGCUCCGAUGGUUAACGCCAGUCUGGGGUAGACAUGGUGAGGAUUUCUUCAGCAUUGAGGUCUAUUGGAGAUGCCAGAGUGUAUCAAGAUGGCGGUGUUUUGAAAACUACCCUGUGUCUCGGCCACAACACAUUCAUAGUGGUCAACAAUUGUAUUGCUUUAAACAUCUUCGACCUACAUGCACUCUUCUGCGGAUUACAACAACUUAAAAGCGAGCCUGGUCAGCUCUCUUCAUGCCCCAGAGGAAGAUCACCGAGUCUGUUGAUUGUAGACAAGCCACCGAGGUGAUUAGCCACACAUCAUCAGCAACCCCUAGUCAGAAAAAGGAGGAAGGAGCAUCACAGUCCGUACGUUGCAGCGACCAUCCCCGGUACAUCCCAGCACCAUAAUACC